AUGAUUGACGAUAAAUUAGUAUCUACAAAUGCGAAUACAAUCGUUCGUCCUAUCCUACUGCCAAAUCCUUAUCAUAAUUCAAAUACAUCAGCUCAAAUAAUGAAAUCGUCGGCAGUCACACAAGCUGAUAUCACAAAUUUUUUGCGUAAAUAUGAUCCGGACGUCUUACGUGCAAUUGAUUUCAUAACUCAUGUGAAAUUAUUUACAUUUAACUCUGUUGAUUUACGGUGGGAAAACACAGCACAAAUAGAAGGCACAUUUUUUAUCUAUGAACGUCAUCAACGUGAGCUAUCCUCUUCAACAACCAUCACAGCAUCACCACGAACUGUUUUUGUAUUUGCUAUUAUUAAUAAUGAUAAUAGUUUUAUUCAAAUUGUUACACUAGAUUUGACACAUCAUGUUAAUAAAACAUUUUUAUUCUACGAAGUAGCACGAAAUGAUAAGCGUGAAGUUUAUUGUUUACAUUUUCUUAAUGAAAAUGAUUGUCAACGAGCACAUACGGUUUUAGUCCGUUGUAAUCAAAUGAUACGUCAUCAUCAAAAUCCCCAACAAACUCACCCACAACAGGAAAAACAACAUCCAAUUCCUCCUCAACCGCUCGCACAUCAAUUUCCUGUACCCCCGCAACAACGUCCACCGUUUUACGCUAUGGUUGGCAAUCAUAAUUUUCCUUCUCCUUAUCCACUGAUGCCCCGCUGGCAACCACAACCACAAUUUAAUGGUCAUAUUUUACCACAUUCUAUGCUUCAAAGUACGGGAUCAGUACAAUCACCUGCACGUAAUUUAUAUGAUGGUGCUAAUUGGCCAAUACCACCACCUUCGUCACUUGCUGUUCAACCAAAACCAGAGCAGCAUCAAUAUCAUAUUAACAAUUCUGCUUUGACUGCAUCUACUCCAUUUCCUUACCCUCUAGCUAAUCGAGCAUAUCCUAUUGGUAAUCCUCAUUAUAACCAACAACAUCUUCAACAAUCAUCACCCACAUCAACACUUCUAUCAAAUCAUAAACAACAUAUCGUGGAACAGGAGAAAAAUGCGAGACACCCGUCGACGUCAUUAACGAAACCUCUCACGGCAGCAGAUAGUGUACAAACUAUAAACGUUCGUUCAUCGCCUACUUCAUUACCUUCGUCACCACUAUCAAAUGGUAUACACCAUUCGAAUGGAAAUAGCGAUUCUGUUGAAGAUGCUUCGUUACAAUUGAAACGUUUAUUAAAUAUACGUGGUCAAGUUGGUUUCAAUGAAAAUAACCCGAUUAAUGAAACAGAAAUCACUGUAGCUCCAUCAUCAACAAUGAAAGCAAUAGAUCAUAAUUUUUUAACUGUAUCAACACAAAAUCGUAUUGAUCUUUUAUCGAAAACUGAUUAUUUUCCUGAUGAAAAGGAACAAAAACAACAACAAAAGCAAUUAUCAACUGUUUCGUUAUUACCACCUUCUGCAUUUGAAUCAACGCCGACUACAUUAUCAAUUCCUCCACCUGUAACGUCAGCAGGACCCGGUACCAUUGGUGCUGAACGUUCGGUAAGAAGUGGUAACCUUGUACCGUUUUCAGACCAGCAGCAGUAUCGUGCACAGUCUGUUAUACCGCAUUCCUCAACAACGUCAACAAAUGAAUCCGUAUUUUUUCAACGACAACGUCCAAUUGCUCAUACAGUAAAAUGUUCGCAGUGCGGUAAUCAUUCAUUAUCAUAUUCUGAAUCGUCAACUCAAUCUUCUGCAUUAAAAAAAGAAGAUUUUCGUCAUAUAUUCAUUAAUCUAAUACAAAAUGAUGAACAUUUUUUAAAUAUUAUUUAUCAGGCAUGUCAAGCUUAUUCUUUAGCAUCGACAUCAUCAUAG